AUGAGUUUUAUAAACAAUUUGUCUUCCCACCCGCACGUCGCCAUGGGCAUCAAGCUGUCACCCGAAAGUGGCGGAGCAACCGAUCACGGUGUGAGCGCCGUUCAGCCGCCGGUGGAGGCGCCAUCCCAGCAACACCACCAUUUCCAUCCUCAAAGCUACCCGCCGCAUCACCCUCACGCGGUUCCUCACAUGGCGCCUCACAUAGGCCAUCACAUGGGCCAUCCCGGUUACCCGCGCGAAUUCCUCAUCCGGCGGGACCACGAUAUGUCGACGCCAAGUUCUAGUACCGCCGACAGCAGCGGACUGGGCCUGUUCACGCAGUUGCAUCACGAUGGCACGGCCGCGACGAUGCAGCAGUUUCCCCAUCACCCGGGCCAGCAUCCGCUAGCCGCCAGCCACUAUCCCGGACACUAUUCCCAGGACACCAGACCGCUGUCCUCGCAUCCUCACCAGUACAUCCCGUCUCCGCACAUGGCGCCGCCGGCCGCCCUCCACCCCCAACAACACCCCACGAUGAACCAUCCGAGUCAUCAUCAUAGCGCCUUCCUCAGAUUCAUGAGGCCCAACGGCGUCGGCGUCGGUGUCGGCGGCGCCGCCGGCCACGCGGGCAACCUCGCCGGCAGCGGCCGGCGCGAGGACAUUACCUGCAUGUGGAUGGACCCUGGUCCUGACCCGACGUUGCCGGAAAACCGCGGGGAAUUGUGCGGCAAGAUUUUCAACACCCUCCACGACAUCGUGUCGCACCUGACAGUGGAGCACGUGGGCGGACCUGAGUGCACAACGCACGCGUGUUUCUGGCAGGGUUGCGUGCGUAACGGCAAAGCCUUCAAGGCCAAGUACAAACUCGUGAAUCACAUACGAGUGCACACCGGGGAGAAACCGUUCUCGUGUCCGUUUCCAAAUUGCGGCAAAGUCUUCGCGAGGUCCGAAAAUCUCAAGAUACACAAGAGGACGCACACCGGCGAGAAACCUUUUAAGUGCGAGCACGAAGGUUGCGAUAGGAAGUUUGCGAACAGCAGUGAUCGAAAGAAGCACAGUCACGUUCAUACUUCGGACAAGCCCUACAAUUGUCGGGUCUUCGGAUGUGAAAAGUCCUACACCCACCCUAGUUCGCUACGCAAACACAUGAAGGUACAUGGAGUUACGAUAACUGAGGGUAAAGUAGGAGGAGGAUACGAGAGCGAGGGAGAAGAGAGCAGCAGCAGCGGGGGUAGCCUGUCGGUGACUGGUAACACGGAAUCGCCUCAGCCACCUCCGGUUGUUCCGACAAGGACAACAACCAAUCUUCCACCUACAAGUCGGAACCACGAUCCUUCGAGCCGCGGGAUAACGGAGGUGACGGAGUGGUACGUUUGUCAGCCACCGGCAGUCGGGCCUCAACAUGGACCCUUACCUGGUCCACCGCCGCCGCAUCAUCUUGGUCAUCAUUUUAACCCAUUGAUACACCAUCAAGCAGCUGCUUAUUAGGAUAUCAAAAGGUCAAAGUUGUGAUCAAGAGAGAAAGUCUUUCUAAAAUCUCCGUUCCUAUCUGCUCACCUCAAUCCGAUGAUGUGAAACAAACUUCCUUCCUGAGGACGAAUUUCGUCAAAGAAAAAAUAUAAAUGACAAUCACCUGUCGAUUUAUUGGAGAUAGUUCCUUUAAGGAAAUUUCAAGAACAUGCCUACACUCUAAGAAAUAUGGAUGUGAAUUCUCACCAGUGGUGUGAAAUGGACGCCCAUUCAGGUGUUUAUAACAUUCUCACCUUAUCGAUGUGAAAUUAACUUUGCUUGGUUAGUGUGGAAAAUUCACAUUGUUGCGGUGUGAGACUUAACACUACUCGGUGGUGUGACUUCCAUCAAGUAUGGGGUUACACUUGCGAUCACAUCGCAUGUCAUGAAAACAAAACAAUAUAGCAUCAAAAUUGACACCGCGUCUGUCAGUGUGAAAGAUUUUUUACAAUAUCGAUGUUAAAAUGCACACCAACUUAUUUAACUACGUGAAUGUGGUGAAAGGUCACACCACUAUUUUUUGGAGUGUAUGACGAAUUUCGUACUCGUUAUACGUGAAUUAGAUCAUAAAUUGUUCGGGCUUCGUUAACGCAUACAAAGAGGCUCAUGAAUGUUACAACGGAUCAAGACAUAUUAACUGUA